GAGGGAUGGCUGAGGGGCACACUGUUCUAGAAGCUUCAUUCAUCACUUCACUCCUAGGUUUCUCUUCAUAAUCGAUCGAUCGAUCUUCUUCGUUUUCUGUCUUAUCAUCACCUCAGAUCCUCCGUUGUCGCUGUCAAAACAAGCUCUCAUAAGACACCCCGUUCAGUCGCUCUCCAUUUUAGCCCCGGCCUUUCUACACUUUCGCCGCUUCAAGCCUCUUUAUUGAAGUUCUAUUGGGUUUGGUCAUUUCCUCUGUUUGUUUUCAUCCAAGAUUGAUGAAUCUUGUUAAUUGGAAGAUUGCGCAAGGAUUUUAGUUAUGGUUUUGUAAUCUUUAAUAGAUUGUGUUGGAGUUAAUGCAUAGUUCUAGGAUGUCUCGAUUGAUUCUGCCCUGCAGUGGUUCGAGCUUUUCAAAAGCUUGCCUCAAGGGUUUGGUCGCCUCUGCACCGCUGCGCUCAAGUUAUUGUGUUAGGGGACGCUCAGCAAAUAACAUUUGUAGAUAUAGGCAAUCUUAUAGAGCUGAGAUUACAAGUUGGAGAAGAUUUCAGUUGCCAUAUUACCCAUUACUUAAGGAGACAAAUACGGGAAGGAAGUUAAUUUGUUCAGUGGCAACAGAAUCAUCACCAAAGAAAGUCGAAGAACCUAAGAUGGAUAAACCAACAGAGAUCUUUCUAAAGGAUUAUAAGCAACCUGAUUAUUUCUUUGAAUCGGUGGAUUUGCACUUUGCAUUGGGAGAGGAGAAAACAAUUGUUUCUUCCAAAAUAGUUGUCUAUCCAAGAGUUGAAGGUUGUGAUUCACCUUUAGUCUUGGAUGGAUCAGACUUGAAAUUGCUUUCGAUAAAGGUCAAUGGGAACGAACUCCAGGAAGAUGGAUAUGUUGUGGACUCACGCCACUUGAGAGUGUCUUCACCGCCAAGUGGUAAAUUUACGCUGGAAAUAGUCACUGAAAUCUACCCGCAGAAGAACACAUCUUUGGAGGGGCUCUACAAGUCAUCAGGGAACUUCUGCACACAGUGCGAAGCAGAGGGAUUCCGAAAAAUUACAUUCUAUCAGGAUCGACCUGAUAUAAUGGCAAAAUACACCUGCCGCAUUGAAGCAGAUAAGUCUCUAUACCCUGUGUUAUUAUCCAACGGGAACCUUGUAGCGCAAGGAGAGAUCGAGGGAAACAAGCAUUUUGCUGUAUGGGAGGAUCCCUUUGUGAAACCAUGUUAUCUUUUUGCGUUAGUUGCUGGACAAUUGGAGAGUAGAGAUGAUACUUUUGUGACACGUUCUGGUCGAGAGGUCCAACUCCGAAUCUGGACCCCUGCGGAAGACCUGCCUAAGACGGGGCAUGCCAUGUACUCUUUGAAAGCUGCUAUGAAAUGGGAUGAAGAUGUGUUUGGGCUCGAAUAUGACCUGGACUUAUUCAACAUAGUGGUUGUUCCUGAUUUUAACAUGGGUGCUAUGGAAAAUAAGAGCUUGAAUAUAUUCAAUUCGAAGCUCGUCUUGGCAUCUCCAGAAACAGCAACUGAUGGAGAUUAUGCUGCUAUUUUGGGUGUGAUUGGGCAUGAGUAUUUUCACAACUGGACAGGAAACAGAGUGACAUGCCGCGAUUGGUUCCAGCUUAGCUUAAAGGAAGGUCUCACUGUUUUCCGGGAUCAGGAAUUUUCGUCUGAUAUGGGAAGCCGUGCUGUAAAACGAAUAGCUGAUGUUGCAACUCUUAGAAGUUAUCAGUUUCCUCAGGAUGCUGGUCCUAUGGCUCAUCCCGUUAGACCUCACUCAUACAUUAAGAUGGAUAACUUCUACACAGUAACGGUGUACGAAAAGGGAGCUGAAGUGGUGAGAAUGUACAAAACUUUGUUGGGUGCCUCCGGAUUCAGGAAGGGCAUGGAUCUAUACUUCAAAAGGCAUGAUGGACAAGCCGUGACAUGUGAGGACUUCUUUGCUGCAAUGAGGGAUGCAAAUGGUGCUGAUUUUUCAAAUUUCUUGUUAUGGUACUCUCAAGCUGGGACACCUCGUCUGAAGGUUGUUACAUCCUAUAAUGAUAAAGACAAGACUUACUCUCUCAAGUUUAGCCAAGAAAUUCCACCCACCCCCGGGCAGCCUGUAAAAGAGCCGAUGUUUAUUCCUGUAGCUAUUGGUCUACUUGGCUCUUCUGGACGUGACAUGCCUCUUUCCUCUGUUUACCAUGACGGGAAGUUGGAUAGUCUUGGAAGCAAUGGCCAACCAGUCUUCUCUACAGUUCUCAAAGUGACAAAGAAAGAAGAAGAGUUUGUGUUCAAUGACGUCGAUGAACGCCCGGUGCCGUCUAUACUUAGGGGAUACAGUGCUCCAGUCCGAAUGGAUUCUGACAUAACUGAGGCUGAUCUAUAUUUCCUCCUUGCUAAUGAUUCUGAUGAAUUUAAUCGUUGGGAGGCGGGGCAGAUAUUGGCAAGAAAAUUGAUGCUGAGCCUAGUGUCGGAUUUUCAGCAGAAGAAGCCAUUGACUCUGAAUCCGCAGUUCGUACUUGGAGUUAAAAGUAUUCUUUGCGACACAUCCUUAGAUAAGGAAUUCAUUGCAAAGGCAUUAACUCUGCCUAACAUUGGCGAAAUCAUGGACAUCAUGGAAGUCGCUGACCCUGAUGCUGUUCAUGCUGUCAGAAAAUUCAUCAGGAAGCAACUUGCUUUUGAAUUGAAAGCUGAACUUCUGGCUACUGUGCAAAACAAUAGGAGCUCUGAGAAAUACGAGUUCAACCACGAAAAUAUGGCUAGACGUGCUCUGAAAAAUAUCGCCCUUGCAUAUCUUGGCUCAAUUGAAGAUGCAGAGAUUACUGAGCUCAUUUUGAAUGAAUAUAAAAACGCCACAAAUAUGACCGAGCAGUUUGCAGCUCUGAUUGCUCUCGAACAGCAACCUGGCCCUGUACGCGAUGAAGUUUUGGCUGAUUUCUACAACAAGUGGCAGCACAACUACUUGGUUGUCAACAAGUGGUUUUCGCUCCAAGCAAUGUCAGACAUCCCCGGGAAUGUCGAGAAUGUGCGUCAACUCCUUGAACAUCCUGCCUUUGACAUACGCAAUCCCAAUAAGGUCUAUGCACUCGUUGGAGGAUUCUGCGGAUCUCCAGUUAACUUCCACGCCAAAGACGGAUCGGGCUACAAAUUUUUAGGCGAGCUAGUGGUGCAGCUCGACCGGCUGAAUCCUCAGGUGGCCUCGAGGAUGGUCUCGGCAUUCUCUCGGUGGAAGCGAUAUGAUGAAACACGCCAAACUCUUGCGAAGGCGCAACUCGAAAUGAUCCUGUCUGCGAACGGACUUUCGGAAAACGUGUACGAGAUUGCAUCGAAAAGCUUAGCUGCCUGAGCUCUUUCUUCUGCUUCUUCCUACAGGCAAAAGAUCAACACAAUAAAAGAGAAGGACUUAUUUCUGAGUUCAGAACCUACUUUGGUCUGCUGCUGAUGUUUUCAGGUUCACAAACUAUCGAUUUAUUUACUUUUGAUCAUAUCCUUUUUGGACAUUAUACUGGAUUUUGCUCUUAAAUUUAAUUUUAGGGUGUGUUUGUUAGUGGGUUUUAAUUUUUGAGUUUGAAUUUUAAUAGUAAAAAGUUUGAAUUUGAAUAAUUGUUUGAUGUGAUAUAUAAAUAGAUGAUGUAACGUUUUGAAUGUAAAAUAAAUUUGUAGUAUAAUAUAAAAAAGAAAAGUAAUUGUUUCA